AUGAAGAAAUCCAUGGGCACAGCGGUAUGGCGCUUCGCACAAGCUGAGGCGCGGAAGGUGGAUGCCACGGACGACACGGACCUCGGGGAGGAAGCGCUGCAGCGCGCGGCGCGGAUCGAAUACGCCAUCAAGGCCGCUCAAGCACAGGCGGUGGAUUCGAAGCACCUUGCUAUCGAUUCACCGGGAUUUUUGGGUGGACUUUUGGUAAGGUGA